AUGGCGUGUUUCGCAGAGCUAGGGCUGUCAUCUUGGCUGGUGGAACAAUGUCGGCAGCUGGGUUUGAAACAGCCUACGCCUGUGCAGGUCGGCUGCAUCCCCGCCAUCCUGGAAGGUCGAGACUGCCUGGGCUGCGCCAAGACUGGCAGUGGCAAGACAGCGGCGUUUGUCCUGCCCAUCUUGCAGAAGCUGUCUGAGGACCCCUACGGCAUCUUCUGCCUCGUCCUGACACCCACCAGGGAGCUGGCCUACCAGAUUGCGGAACAGUUCCGGGUCCUGGGAAAGCCUCUGGGCUUGAAAGACUGCAUCAUUGUUGGCGGCAUGGACAUGGUGGCCCAGGCACUGGAGCUCUCUCGGAAGCCACAUGUGGUCAUUGCCACACCAGGGCGCCUGGCCGACCACCUCCGCAGCUCCAGCACUUUCAGUAUCAAGAAGAUCCGCUUCCUGGUGCUGGAUGAGGCAGACCGCCUGUUGGAACAGGGCUGCACAGACUUCACUGCAGACCUGGAGGCCAUCCUGGAGGCAGUGCCAGCCCAAAGGCAGACACUGCUGUUCAGUGCCACACUGACCGACACUCUCCGUGAGCUGCAGGGCCUGGCCACCAACCAGCCCUUCUUCUGGGAGGCACAGGCACCAGUCCGCACGGUGGAACAGCUGGACCAGCGAUACCUGCUGGUACCUGAGAAGGUAAAGGAUGCCUACUUAGUGCACCUGAUCCAGGGCCUCCAGGACGAGCAUGAGGAUUGGUCCAUCAUCAUCUUCACCAACACCUGCAAGACCUGCCAGAUCCUGUGCAUGAUGCUCCGCAAGUUCAGCUUCCCCACUGUGGCACUGCACUCGAUGAUGAAGCAGAAAGAACGCUUUGCUGCCCUAGCCAAAUUCAAGUCCAGCAUCUACCGGAUACUGAUAGCAACAGAUGUGGCAUCCCGGGGCCUGGACAUCCCCACCGUGCAGGUGGUCAUCAACCACAACACCCCUGGACUCCCCAAGAUCUACAUCCACCGUGUCGGCCGCACAGCCCGUGCAGGGCGGCAGGGCAUGGCCAUCACGCUGGUGACACAGUAUGACAUCCACCUGGUCCACGCUAUCGAGGAGCAGAUCAAGAAGAAGCUGGACGAAUUCUCAGUGGAGGAGGCAGAGGUGCUACAGAUCCUCACGCAGGUCAAUGUCGUGCGGCGAGAAUGUGAGAUUAAACUGGAGGCAACCAACUUUGACGAGAAGAAGGAAAUCAACAAACGGAAACAGCUAAUUCUGGAGGGGAAGGACCCUGACCUAGAGGCCAAGCGCAAGGCCGAGCUGGCCAAGAUCAGGCGGAAGAAUCGGCGUUUCAAGGAGAAAGUGCAGCAGACGCUACAGAGGCAGGCAGCCAGCAGGGGGUGCCCACCCAAGGCCCAGCCAAGGUCCCAUGCAGCCCCACCCACGCAGGGUCCUGCCUGAGUCCCUCACGGCCCCCUGC